AUGGGUGCGUAUUUAAAAGGAAAAAAUCAUGAACAUACUACUAAUAACAACAACACAAAAAAUAAAGUGGUACACUUGACUGGGAUAGUUCUAGGGACCUCCAUUUUCAACAAAAUAUUGUUUAUACUUAAUUCAAAAACUCUAAGAUUUGUGUAUAUAUCUUUAGACAAUAAUGAAGAGGAUUUAUGGGAAAUUUGUAGAAGUGAUUUUAAAAAAUUAAUGAAAAAAAAAAGUACCAAUCCAACAACUUAUAUCAUUGACAAACUUCAACAAGACGAUAAAAUUAUGAAACUGUGUUGUUCUUUUGUCGAAAAAAUUGGUAGUUCCAACUUAAAUUCCAAUAAUUUUGCCUUUGAUUUAAUAUUUGGAACGAAUUUUCAAAAAAAAGUUUGGAGACAACUUGAGAAUGUAUCUACAGGUACUACAGCAACAUACAAGGACAUUUCUAAAGAAAUUAACUGCCCAAGAGCUUAUCGAGCUGUGGGAACAGCGUGUGGCGCUAAUAAAUUGGCAUUAUUAAUCCCUUGCCAUAGAAUAGUUAAUAGUAAGGAAAAUACAAGCGGUUUGAACUAUAGAUGGGGGUCUGAUAUCAAGGUCCGUCUUGUAUUCAUCUCACAUUUAAACAACAACAACAACAAAAAGAAUAAUACUAAAAGUAGAAAUAAAGUAUUAACCCUAAUAAUGUUAGACGAAUAUCCAGUUCAUAAAGCUUGUAUAGAUGGUGAUCUACCCUUAUUAAAAGAACUUUUACUAGAUGUCCAGGAUAAAAAAAAAAUAAAGCAGAUUUUAAAGAGUGAAGAUAAUGACCAACGCACACCCAUCCAUUGGGCCAUUUCAUACAAACACCUGUAUGCGGUUGAAGCAUUAAUUAGAAAGUUUAAUCAAGUUGAUUUGGAUAUUGAUGAUUUGUAUGAUGGUUCUGGUUGGAAUCCUUUCCACGUAGCUUGCUCUGUUGGUGAUUUAAAUAUCGUAAAGUUGCUCUUCAAUACUUUAGACAAUAAACCUAAUGUCAACCAACAAACAAAAUAUAAUAGAGUCACCGGUUUACAUUUGGUAGCUUCUAAAAACAAUAUAGAACUGGCUUCAUAUUUAAUUACAGUACUAAAAGCAUCCGUUAGUAUCAAAGAUGCAAAGGGUCAAAUCCCAUUACACAGGGCCUGUUGUGUACCAAACUCUAUCAAUAUGGUUAAAUUGUUAUGCGACCAUCAAAGUCCCAUCAAUUUGAAAGAUACCGUUGAUGGAUGGACACCGUUACAUCAUGCUUUGGCAGAGGGUAAUGUUGCUGUUGCUAUUUUACUAGUCACUGAAUAUGAUGCUGACUAUAAGACUAUUAGAGAUAAGGAUGAUAAACUGCCCGUGGAUGUUUCUUGCAAUGACACUGUUCGCCAAGAAUUCUUAGCUAAUGUGGAAUAA